AGCCAGGCCCAUUCCCAGCUCAGCAGACAAAACUUCUCUCCUGGGAUUUCUCCAGAUCCAACCCUCUCUCUUUUUUUUUUUCGUACACAACCUUCUCUCCUUCACCCGACAUUCCGUCUUCUCUCCUCAGUCCUCCCCUCUCCUUCGCAGUCCAGAGCAAAAGCAGUGCUCCCGACCCAGAGAAAGAAAAAACUAAAAGAGAGAGGAAAAGAAAACUUCUCUUCCUCGUGAACUACUCGGUCCAUUCCAAUUCCCCUUUUUUUUUUUCUCACCCAUCGGUCGGGUCAGUCCCUCUCACCCGCAAAAUGCUUCAAAAAUUCGCACUAGCCUUCAAGACUAAAACCAUCGAGCUCUUCGCCGAGGACGAAGAGGAGGAGGAGGACAGAGCGAGCAUCUCCGCCGCCAUCGACCUCGACCCCGCCCCGGAAGAGAUCAUCACUGGCCAGCGCGUCGUCGUCCUCAAGCCCGACCCACUCCCCCCUCCCCCCCAGCUCGACCCCGAAACCCUAAUCCUCGCUCUCUUCGCCACCCUCUCCUCCUUCCGCGCCGCCUACCUGCACCUCCAGACCGCCCACUCCCCCCUCCUCCCCGACGCCGUCCGCUCCGCCGACCGCGCUGCCGUCUCCCACCUCCGCCGCCUCUCCGACCUCAAGGACUCCUACUUCCAAAACCCUAACCCUAGCACCAGGCCGGUUCUCCCCUUCUCCUCCCACUUGCAGGCCCAGGUGCUGGAGAACCAGCACCUCCUCCGCACCUUCGAAGCCGUCGUUAACCGCCUCCAGUCCGACAUCGACCGGAAGGACGCCGAGGCCGCCGCCCUGAAGCAGAGGCUCCGGGACGUCGAGACGGCCAAUUCGAAGUUGGCGAGGCGGCUCGACAGGGCCUGCACGCCUCCUGAUGGGAAAGUCGAGGCCUUGCUGUCGAUAGGGGUCUUCGACUCGGUGCUCAAGGAUACUUGCCGGGUCGUGCACCGGUUCACUCGGCGCCUGGUCGAUUUGAUGAAGAGAUCCGGAUGGAGUUUGGAUAUGGCGGCCAACUCGAUCUACCCGAAUGUGGAUUACGCCAAAGCAGAGCAUUGCUCGUAUGCAAUUCUGUCCUAUAUCUGUCUGGGGAUGUUUAGAGGGUUCGAUUCUGAGGGCUUCAGUCGCGAAGGGAGUGGUGGAAUUGGGUUGGAUGGGAUUGAUGUAAAUACUCAGAGAAUGAAUUCUCUUACACAAUUCAUCGAGCAUUCAACCGUCGAUCCGUUGGAGCUGAUUAGCGGCAGCUCAAGUUGCGAUUUUGCGAAGUUCUGUGAGAGGAAGUACCAGCAACUCAUUCAUCCUGCCAUGGAGUCCACUUUUUGCAGAAAUUCAGACCAUGGGGAAUUCGAGUGGGGUGCAUUGCGGGCCUCAGGCCCUCUUUAUGAGCCAUUUGUUAGCAUGGCCAGCUCGAUUUGGACCCUCCACAAGUUGGCGUGGGCGUAUGAUCCGGUGGUUGGAAUCUUUCACGUGGCAAAGGGGACUGAGUUCUCAAUGGUUUACAUGGAGAGCAUUGUCCAAAGGGCAGUCACCAUGGGCUUGGACCGUGAGAAGAAGUCACGACCGAAGGUCGGGUUUACUGUGGUUCCGGGGUUUCGGGUUGGGAAGACAGUGAUACAGAGUAGGGUGUAUCUGAAUGGCUUGAAGGAGGUAGUAUAAUUCCAUGUUUAACAUUGUAAAUGGAAAUAUUAGAGAUGCCCUCUUGGUAUAGGAGAUGAUACAAAGGGUAUGCAAAGAUUGUAUUAAUAAAAUGAAGGAUUACAGAAUUUAAUGAAAUAUCUAUUUGAACUUUUAA